UCUUUGUCUGCUACUAUGAGUUCUGAGGGUGUCUUCUCACUGGGAGCCUCUGAGAGCAGUAGUGUAAAAAUAGUGAUAAAUGUCGGAGGAGUGAAACAUGAGACCCACGCGAGCACCCUAAUGACCCUUCCGGGGUCCCGUCUCGCCAAGCUGGUGGACACCGAGAAGCAUUCUUCAGAGCUUUUUUUUGAUCGCAACCCCGAAGUCUUCGCCCAUGUGCUGCAGUACUACAGGAGCGGGAAGCUGCACUGCCCAACCAACUUGUGCGGGCUGCUGCUGGAAGAGGAGUUCGCUUUCUGGGCUGUUAGCGGCACGGACGUGGAGCCCUGCUGCUGGGCGACAUACCGACAGAACAAAGAUACCGUAGAGGCUUUGGCUCAAGUUGAACCUUCAGUGACAGAUGAGGAACCAGGUCAAAAAGGCAGAUCCAGCAACUCCAGAACUCUGCGGCAGAAGAUAUGGGCUCUCUUUGACAAUCCAUAUUCAUCCAUUGCUGCCAAAGUCAUCGCGAUCGUAUCUCUGGCCUUCAUCCUGCUCUCUAUCGCCGUAUUCUCUGUGCAGACAAAACCCAAUACGUACUUUUCCCAGUCUCUCCAGUUUUUGGGGAAUUCAAGCGAGAAUGACACGGAGACCCGUCUUGCACACCCUGUAAACGCGGUGGAGAUGGUGUGUUCGCUAUGGUUCGUGUUCGAGUUCGUGAUGCGCGCGGGCAGCUGUCCGAGCAAAGCGCGCUUCUUCGUGAACGUUAUGAACGCCGUCGACCUGCUGGCCCUCUUCCCGCUGCUCCUGCGGUGGUGUUCGAGCGUGUACUGCGAGAAGGCGGUGGGCGUUCUGCACACAAUGCGAUGCAUACGUUUACUCCACGUCUUCAAGCUGAUGCAGCAUGUGUUCGACGUGAGAGUGCUCAACCACGCUCUCCGAGCCAGUGCGACGACUCUCUGCGCAGCCCCUAUAGCACUCUUCAUUUGCACGCUUAUCUUUGGCACCAUGAUUUUUUUUGCAGAAGUUGACGCUAAAGAUAUGUACUUCACCGACAUUCCCACAAGUUUUUGGUGGGCUGUGGUUACACUGACCACGGUGGGUUAUGGAGACAUGUGUCCUAUAACACUGCAAGGCAAGUUGGUAUUCUUUCUCUGUGCAAUGGUCGGUGUUCUGCUCAUCGUCCUGCCUGUGCCCAUAAUCGUCAACAACUUCAUCAAGUUCAGCUCCCUGGUUAAGAUAAAGCAUUCAAUGCCCAGAAAGAAGGAGAAGAGUAGCGUUGAUGGGGCCCCCUUCUCUACUGCUUAAAGUUGCAAAAUAGAAACAGAAGAAUCUGUGAUGGAUGACCGGAUGAAGAGCCACUGAGUCUUAAACUAGAGGGAAAACACACAAUUCGCUUAAAAAAAGGUAAAAACAUAUUUUGAAUUAAGAAUUCUGGAUAUUGAAUAGCAGUUUAUAAAUGCAGAAUUUCACAGCAGCCCACUUAUUUUAUUUGUGAUAUCCGAUCAACUUCGAAACUCCGAAACUUGAUUGUGAGGCAUCUGAAUUGCAACCCUAUAUUUUCUAGAUAGUGGAUAUGUAACCAAUGCUAAGCCUUAAAUGUAAAAUACAGUACAUUCGCUGCAUUACACAAAAAAUUGUGAAGGAUUUUUCCAGAUGCAGAUGUUUGGAUGAGAAUCUGGCAUUUACUUGAAGCGCUGUUUUUGU